CUUUAGGUGAUGGCAAGAUCUCUUUUUCCGUAGCACGAUAGUUCGCUCAUUUAAACCGAAUGUUUCCCUCACAACCCUCCAGCUUAGGCGGGAAACGCACCACUCUUUUACAUUCCAGACCGAACAUGGGUGCUUUCCCUGCGUCCUCCUCAACGAAUCAUAUCGUAUCGAGGAACUCUAUAGACUCACUAAACCAAGCCAUAGCUUCUAGAACACUUCCUAAACCGGGCCACCCCCUUCCCAACAAGAUAACUCUCAACCUAGAACCUUAUGAACGUCCAAAUUCUCAUGCCCAGGGAUAUCAAGAGCCCCAAAAUUACAACAAUCCUCGAGAACGAAAGUACAUCCACAACCCUGAACAGCAUAUGAAAGGUGACAGUGGACAGUUCAGUCAGAGGGAUGUUCCCUUCAGCGCAUCCCAGUUCUCCCCCCAACACCAACCCCAACACCAACAAAUGUCAUCCCAGCAACAAAACAUACCAAACCAACACACCCCCUCCCAGUUUAACUAUCAGUCCUCACCACAUGAUCAGUCCUCUAUGCAGCAGUCUCAAGGCAAUGGACAUUAUUCUUCUCAAGGACAGAUGGGACAUAGUGGACAUCAGAUGGUACCAGGUGGACACCAGAUGGUACCAGGUGGACAUCAGAUGGUACCAGGUGGACAUCAGAUGGUACCAGGUGGUGGUCAGAAUCGGGCUGGGUACCCAUGCCAUCAGCGGGAUUUGAAUAACUCUGAGGAAUUUGAUGGGGAUCCUUUCGAUGAAACCCCAGUUCAAGAGCCGGUCCAAUACUACGAAGAAGAAAUGUCCUCAAACAUUGCCCCCACCUACAACCCGGGAUACGUGGUAAAAGAACCCGCCCCCUUCCAAUCAUUCGUUAACGAGCAAUUGGAGAGCUCCAGUCAUCACAGUGAUCACCACAGCAGGGACCGACCCAGAGAAGAACACCACACCUCCGCAGAGAGAAGAUUCCACGAAGAGAGGGUAGGUCAGCACGUGUUGGUGCCCCCGAUGGUGCCUGAUCAUAAUAGUAGGAGCGGACAUCAUGAGAGCCGAAGUGGACAUCAUCAUGAUAGCAGACAUCCUGAGGGUAGACAUUCCGAGACCAGACAUUCCGAGACCAGACAUACUGAGGAGAGGCAACACGGACACCAACAAGAGGAGAAACGUCAUCACCAGGACAGACAUUCUGACGACAGAGCCCAUCGGAGAGGAGCUGAAGAGAGAGGUCGUCAUGGUCAUCACUCGGAGGAGAGAGGUCGUCAUGGUCAUUCCAGUCGGUAUCCAGAGGAGGGAGAGAGGAGUAGGAAUGAAAGGUCACGUGGUGGGCACGUUUAUCAGGACUCAGUUCAGACUAUGAGGGGACUUUCCCCAGCUCACAGCGCCACCGCCUCACCCAGCACAGCAGCAGUUCAGAACAUCCUGAGCUCUAUGAAGGGUCUGGGAGGCUUAACCAAUCCCCUGCUCAACAAACCUAAUACUUCAGAGGAAUCCGAGAUUGGGGCCAGCAAUCUUCAGGUAUCUGAACUAUUAAGGAACCACAUCCGUGAGGUAGCUAAACAGUUGAUAGAAGAGAACGGACUGUCAGGGAGUUUGGACCUGGUGGGUAAGACUGAUCAGAAUAAUAAGAGUGUCAGUCCACUAAAGAUAACAACUUCUAUGAAACGGAGUGAUUCCAAAAAGAGGUCAAGGUCUAUAUCUCCUAGAAAAAGAAGCUCCAGAAGAUCUCACUCCAAAGAACGACGCAGUUCCCGACACAGAAGCCGCCGCCAACGCAGUCGCAGUCGAGACCGUGACAGCAGACGAGACAAAAAACCAGACCUGGACAACGACACAAUCAAGAGAAUAAUGACAAACAAGUACCCUAAGCUAGCAGCUACUUUGAAAGCAGGGGAGAGGCUGGUGGAGGAACACCACAGCUCUCCGAUUGAGACCAUGCUUACACAGCAGCAUGGUCAGAUUCCUGUUUCCAUUCCUACAGGUGCACUGCCUCCCCCCACAGGGGCGUUUCCUCCUCCUGCUGGGGCCUUGCCUCCUCCUCCUCUACUUAAUUAUGGAGGCGUUCCAACCACAAUGUACCAACAGUACGCCUCUUUCCCCGGACUUCCCCGUCAGUUUAACAUGCCACCUGUAUCCAGUAGCGGAGUAGUGUCUGGGUAUAAUCCCAUGCUGACUUCUGGAGGGAUGUUACCCCUGCCCUCAGCAACGGCUCCUGAACCUCCGAAACUAAUGACUGGCCCGAUGCCAAACAGGGAGAAGAGAGUGGGUGUUGAUCAGGGCAAUCUUCUCAGAUGUACGCCCUGCAACCUGAACUUCAAAACUAAGAAGCCGUUCCUGGAUCACAUAGACACGAACCUGCACAAGAAGAGAUUCACAGCCUACGUCAAGGACAAGCUAACUAGCAAGAAGAAAAAGGUUCAUCCCUGCGAAAUGUGCCACCUUGUCUUCACUGCUUCCUUAGAUCUAGCAAAUCAUCAGAUCGGGGAGAUUCAUCUUGCUGUUACCUCCAAGAUGGGACCCCGCCCUGAUGUUACCGGAGCAGAACAAACCAAGGCGUACCCGGUAUCCUGGUCUCACCUCCCUACUAACAAAAUGACAGUGAGUGAUGCUAUCAAAGACGAACAAGAGUUCGCUAAAACCUUCUGUUACGAGUGCCGACUGAAACUCAACAGUCCUGAGGACCUACAAUCUCACAAGUCCGGUAAGAAGCACGCUGCACGUGUCAUAGACCUGGAACAUACGCCGCACAUUCCUCCGCAGCAGUUUUGUCACGUGUGUAACAUGUGGUUCCCUAAUGCAGACCAUUUGGAGCAGCAUAAGAAUCUGGUUCUCCACAAAAAGACGUUGGGAGUGUUUAUAAAGUUCGGGAUACCAAUACCGGGCAUUGCAUACCCUGUAAACCCUAAACGUAACAUGACGAUAGUGAUCGACGAUACACCUACUCCCGCUAAACCUAAAGCUAAUGUACAGUUCGCAAUUCCUAAAGCCCUUCCUAAGAAAAAGUCUGGUCAGGCUUCUCGAGCUAUUGUUAUUCCUGACGAGGCAGCAGCUCAAGAUAAGGAAGGAGCCGCGUUAUCUAACUUACAGCAAUACUCCUCCCCCUCCUCUGAGAGCGACACAACUCCCGAACAAUCCGCACCAGAACCGCCUCCUCCUGGAACUUCGGAAGAGAAGAAAAUACUCUCACUAUCAGGGUCAAAUAGAAGAUCAAGUUCACAAGAACGACGGGAGAGAAGAAAGCGGAGGUUCCGUAGCGCGCGUUCCUCCUCAGGAUCCUCCUCUGACAGUGCUGGUCCGUCAAGUACCUCUCGUCGUAGGAAGCAUUCUUCAUCAUCACGCAAACGUUCCAAAUCACCAAGGCGUAGACGACGCUCACGAUCUCCACAUCGUCGAAAAGGACGGUCCCUUGAGAAUGAUAAAGCCAAGAGUUCCAGAGAAGAAAGAGCAUCUUCAAGCAAAGCAGUUGAUAGGAAGGCAGAUGAGAGAAGUGCUAAUGCCGAAGGAGUUCGCUAUGGAUAUUUCUUAAAGUCUGAAAAGUUUUCCAUAAAGCCUGACAAGAAAUUAGUUGUUUAUGAACCGAUACAAGACCGAAAAGCCGAUAAUCCACCAUCAAAAGAUAACACAAAGGCAGAAGAAGAAGAGGAUGAAGAUAUGGAUAAGAAAGAAUUGAAAACGAUUAAAGGCGUAAUACACAUUAUAAGUGAUGAUGAAACAGCCACAAAAGAAAAGCCCGAAGAUUUAGUAAAGCCUUCAGACCCUGAAAAGAAGUUGGAAAAUGAGGAUUUCAUCCCAGUUCCUCAGUGUGAUGAAACCUUUGAUUUUGAAGAAGUCAACAUUGUUGAUUUUGAGUUUGAUGACGAGGUUAUCGAAGAACCUGUCAAUGAUGAAACCGAAAUGAAUGUCCUGCCUUCGAAAAAUGACAAUACUAAAGAAUUGGCUCCAAUCAACUCCAGUCCUGUAGUUGAUGAGACCUUGAGUGUGUCUGAGGCCAUUUCUGAAACUAUACCUGAUAAUAAACAGGAAUGUGUACAAGAAGACAUGUACGAAUGUCUGACUCCUACGGAAUACAUAGUUCAAUCUCCUAUCUCCAUUCCGUUAAAAAGUAAAGAUGUCCCAUCCUCUUCAAAAGAGGGUGAUAACGAUAAAUUGACAGAAUCAGGAACAGAUAUCAAAUCAAGCACUACUCCCAUAGUUGAGCCAGCCAACAAUUUCGUAGAUCAAGUUGUUCCUGAGGUUGCUGAUGUUGUUCAUGAAGAUAUUGGUUUCAAAGAUAUCGAAAUUGAAUCUCCUGAAAUGCAGACAGCGGAGACAUCGGAAAACAGUCCACCUGAAACCAUUAGUGAGGUCACUAAUGGGACAAUAGCUGCUAUUGAAACUGUUGAGACGCCUCAAAUUGAGCCAAAAGUGGAAAGUUCUGACCUAUCCUUAGAGGAACCUUCUGAUAGUGUCGUAGGUAACACCGAAAUCCGUGAAGAAAUAGUCAUUAAAACUGAUGAUUCAAGUAAGACCAAAGACGAAGCUGCAAAAAGUGAUGAACCUAAAGACGCAAAUUCCACAGAUCCUAAUGAGAAACCAAAAGUAGAAAAAGAAUUGACUGAGAUGGAAGUAGAAUCGACAAUCGACAUCCCGAAAACACGUGAACCUGUUCCAGCUAGCAUUGUAGCUGAAGAAUGUAGUCUUGCUGCAACAAAAGGGAGAAGAAGCAGUGCCAGGAAUAAAACACCUGUUUUAUGCUUAGUAAGACAAAGUGUUAGAACUAGGAGAGCUCUAGCUGGUUCCAUUCCAAAAAUCGAUUUGACAAUGGAAGAUUCUAGCCCAAGUAAUGAAUCAGAAAACUUAUCCGAACCGAUUGUUCAAGACAGUGGCCGUGAAAAACAGUCUAUCCCAGUCAGCCCAUCCAGUGAUGAAGUAAAGAUUGUUUCUGAGCCCUGUGAAAGUGAAACUGCACAAAUUGAGCCACCGAAAACUCGUGGGAGAAGAGGAAGAAGAGGUAGAGGCCGAGGAAGAGGUAGAGGUAGAGGAAGAUGCGGAAAUGUAAGUUCCCCUGUAGAAUCAGCUUCAGAUAACCUAAUUGUACCUCAGCCAGCUGCUACUGAUGUGGCCAGCGAACUUUCUAUAAUCAAAACAGAUACUUCUCAAUUUGCUGAAAGUAAACCAUCUCCUACUGUAAUUGAAACUACUAAGAGCAUUCAAGUGGAGUCAGGAAAUUCAGAGAAAGAGGUAACCGAACCAGUUUCCGUCAAAACAAUUGGCCUUGUCCCGUCGAAAAAUCUUGUUUUAGAGGCACAAGCUGAGUCGGUGCAGCAUAAAUUGGCCGAGGAGAAAAAUACAGAAAGUACACAAGCCAUCGGCAAUGAAGAUCACUCUAAGAUAUCAGUCUUGGAGUCUGAGUCUAGCAAAGAUUUAGAGAUUGUUAGUACAAUUUUGGAACCCCUUGAAACAACCACUGAAGAAAUUAAUGUUCAUUCAACUGAAAUAAAUGAAGAUGAUGGUUUGGAGAUAGAUUUUUCUGUGAGCGACACUGAGAGAAUGGUGAUUGAUUCAGAUGUUGACAGCGAACCUGACAACAAGCCAUCAAUUUAUGAAACUUUGUCAGAUGAAGACGAGGGUUUAGAAUUACAUGAUAUUUACGAGGAUCUAUCUGACAGUAAUAUGGAUGUACCCAUCGUUAACCCAGCGAAAAAAGAAGAAAGCAAUGCACCAUCAGAAUCUCAACCAUCUGUAUCAGAAGAGGCUCCGAGGCCUCAACGAGUAAGUUUGACCAUUGCACCUCGGGCAAAUGUAAAGAGACCGGCUGUGAUUGUGGAUAGUGACCUAGACAGUGUUGGAAGCAAAGUAGUCGUUCAGGGUUCCGUAAGACCCUUCACAGAUCGCUCACCAGCAAAUGAUCCAAUAAAACAACAUACAGAAAUACCUGCUAUUGCUGAGCCAUCAGUAGCUGAUCAAAAUGAACGAAAAUCAAAAUCAGACAGUAACAAACUUGAUCAGUCUAGUAUAGAGGAAACAUUGAUGGCUAGGCCGAAAUUUGUGACAUGGCCACCCACCUCAGCGGAUGUGACAGUAUCUCCACCCAAACCUUCCCAACCAUCUCCUUCAAAUAUUUCAGCUCCACAACCUUCCAAGCCUACAAGUACAGUUCCCACGGCCAGUCUGCCUAUUGAGCUCUCCAAAUCACAGGUCAUUGUCGCUGAUUCAGACAAAGCUUCUACAGCUUCCAGCACUGAGAGAACCAAAGGACCAACUUCAAAACCGGCAACUAAAAAGCAUGCCACUGUCGUUCAAACAAAACCCCUCUCCGUUUCCUCUAACGCUGCCACAACUUCAUCAAGUUCUGUUCCUAAAUCUGCUCCAAAAACCACUGUCACGACUAUUUUGAAGAAGAAAUUACCUGGCACAAAAGUUGUUCUCUUGAAGAGCCCCUCAAAUUCAAGUAAAACUACCGUCAAGGAAAGUGCUAGUGGUCCUAGUAAAGCUAGCACUUCUCCCUCGGGCAAAUCUCCCGCCAGAACCAAGGUGGCCAGCUCAGAAAUGACAUCCUCCACAUCCAAAAGUCCUGUUGUAGCAGAGGAAGCUCCACACAAGAAAACAACAAAAGUGUUUAAAAGAAAGCCCAUCACCGCCCCAGUGGUUACAACUCCGAAAUUCCCUAAAAUCAUCCGGGGAUCUGCACCCAGAGGAGCACAUCGUGGUCGUGGUUUUGGUGCUGUGCCCAGCACUGACAGCCCCACAAGUACCCAACAUGUGUUACUCCUUACCCGAGGUGGGAGAGGAAACAGAGGCACCAGAGGUAUUGAAAGAGGCACUAGAGGUAUUGAAAGAGGCACCAGAGGUAUUGAAAGAGGCACCAGAGGUAUUGGAAGAGGCACCAGAGGUAUUGAAAGAGGCACUAGAGGUAUUGGAAGAGGCACCAGAGGUAUUGAAAGAGGCACCAGAGGCACCGUGAGAGGAGGUGGAGGUCGGGGGAGAGUGUUCGACAGGAUGGGACCCCCACCACUCGCUCCUGUAAACACGAUGCCGAGAACAGUUGUGGCUCCAUCCAAUCCUGUAACUUCCCGAACUGUGUCUGUUCACCCUGAACAGGCUAUUCAUCAUGAACGCCCCAUUCAAUCAGGACGUAUUAUACAGCCUCAUCAUGCUCGCACUGUUCACCCUGAUCGUCUUAUUCAUCAAGAACGCAAGGUCCACUCAACAAGACAAGAUCGCAUCGUCCACUCUACGAAUGAGGGCGGUUUUUCUGAUCGUAAAGUGAGACAACCUCUGUUGAAUAACCCCCAGAAGAUGACCGUCACACUCGGCAGCCAGCAGAGGCAAUCAGACACACUCGGCAGCCAACAACGGCAGUCUGGCAGCCAGCAUAGGCCAUCUGGCAGACUUCCUUAUAUUCAUGGUCUAGAGAUAAGAGAUGGCCGGUAUUACUGUGCAGUCUGCUACAACUACUUUGAAACACCAUUCCUGGGAAGGAACCACGCCCAAUCCACUGACCAUAAGGACAAUGUCCAGUACAGCUACGCCAUGCAGUUUAAAUAAACUUUAUGGGGUAACUUUAUCAGAGUAAAAAACGAUUGGGUCAACAGUAAAGGGGAUUACAUAUUUGAAAAAUUAUGGAAAUUGUUGACUGAAUCCAUAGUGUUGCAUGUUUUUUGUGGUCUAUAAAUAAUUUAUUGUUUUUACGGCAUAACAUAAUCGAUCGACCGUUCAAGAUCGGGCCACAAUUUGAGAAAUGCUUGGCGUGGCCCUCUGAUGGUCUCAAAUCUUUAUAGCUUGAAAGUGAUUUAUUGUUUUAUUUUUUGUUUUAACACGAUAAUUUUAUUUACCGAGUUUUACUGCGAGCGAUAUUAAUAGGAUAUAUUUUUUACCGCAUUUUUUCCGUAUGAAUAACAUGAUUUGAUAACCGUUGCUAUUGGUCGGUAUAUAAUGAGAUAAUGUUAUUAGGGUGUGAUAAACAUUACAAUAACAUG